CUUAUCCUGACGCCCAUGUCUUAGGAGCCAAUAGGAACCUGCGGGGCAUUGUACUGUCGCGUCGGGUUCAGUUUGGAUUUCUCGGUCAUAGAUACCUUGCUCUCUUCCUCCCACCUCCCGUACAUUUAUAAUCUUAUGUCUGCCCUUCCCCUCUUCACCGGCCAUGCUUGUCAAACCGACAAAAACGCUUUUCAACACAGUACUAGCAACCAGUUCACAGCGGAUUGCAGCUUGUGUAUCAUGUCUCAGAAGAUGGCUUUAUGUACAGACAUGUACAGGAAGACAGAGGAAGCUGCCAAAACGUUAUCUCGGUCAACCAAGCCCUCACACUCACCCCCAUCUCCUCAGACCAGGUGAAGUGACUCCAGGAUUGAGCCAAACAGAGUAUGAACUUCGUCGGCAUAGACUAAUGAGCUUAGUGGCAGCUCAGACUCAAGGCAGUUCUAGCACGGAUAAUGCCGUUGUCCUACUUUCUCACCCCACUGUAUAUAUGACCAACGACAUCCCCUUCCCUUUCCAUCAGAACACAGACUUCCUGUACUUGAGUGGCUGCCUGGAGGAGGACUGCGCCCUUGUGCUGAAAAGUGUACCUGGGGUUGCCCUUCCAGCUCACAAAGCCUUGCUAUUUGUACCUCGCCGAGACCCAACCAGGGAACUCUGGGAUGGUCCACGUUCGGGAACUGAUGGAGCAGUGGCACUGACAGGUGUAGAUGACGCUUAUCCUAUUGAUGAACUGGCCCGCUUUGUGCAAAACACAAAAGAUGAAGGCUGCACCCUCUGGUAUGACUAUAAUCAUGUAUCCCAUCCACGAUUACAUCACGAUGUAAUGCUUUCCUUAGUGGAGGCAAAGAACAAGACAUCUAAUCGUGUCCGACCUGUCAGGUCACUGGUGCACAGCCUCCGGGUGAUUAAGUCCCCUGCUGAAAUUGAGAUUAUGAAGAAUGCUGGAAAAAUUACAGCACAGGCUUUCAUGAACACCAUGAUGACUUCUAGAAGUCUGAAGAAUGAAUCGUUACUGUAUGCCAAGUUUGACUAUGAGUGCCGCAUCCAUGGAGCUAAUUUCCUGGCAUAUCCUCCUGUCAUUGCUGGGGGCAAUCGUUCUAACACUCUGCACUAUGUGAGCAACAAUCAGAUGUUGAAGGAUGAUGAAAUGGUCCUACUGGAUGGAGGGUGUGAACUUUCUGGUUAUGUGAGUGACAUCACACGGACAUGGCCAGUGAAUGGCAGGUUUUCACUUCCACAAGCUGAAUUGUACCAGGCCGUGCUGGAUGUACAAAAGGCCUGCCUAGGUCUUUGUUCCCCAGGGGUCAGUCUGGAUAAUAUCUACAGUCUUAUGCAAACAUUGAUUGGACAGAAGCUGAAGGAGCUUGGCAUUGUGGGGAAGAAGUCUAAAGACCACGACAUAUACAGGGCUGCACGCCAAUAUUGUCCUCACCAUGUGGGCCACUACCUGGGGAUGGAUGUCCAUGAUACCCCAGAAGUCUCAAGAUCUCAGACUCUACGCCCUGGCAUGGUAAUCACUAUUGAACCAGGCAUCUACAUUCCAGAGGAUGAUGGGAGUAGUCCAGCACGCUACCAGGGUCUAGGGGUUCGUAUUGAGGAUGACGUAGUGAUUACAGAGAGUGGGCCACCUUUGGUGUUGUCUUGUGAUGCACCUAAAGAGAUUCAGGACAUUGAGAGUAUUUGUCAGUAGUGACAAAAUAAAGUAUCUUCACAUGAAUUCACCUGAAAGGGUUCAGCAUGUUUGAAAUAUUGAGACACUGAGACCCAAGGGAUUCCUGGAGAUACCUGUCUUGCUCUUCUUGUGAACAGGUGUAGGCAGGAGAGCCAAAAAUUACGGCAAUUAUUGUUACAUUUUUGAAUGGUACAAAUCAUUAAGAUCAUUUUUGGUUCAGUUUCAAUACUCUCCCAAGACUUUGACAUCAGGGUAGAUUAGUAGUGAUCUUUGAUUGAUUAAGGUGUCAUAUAAACUAUCUAUAAAGAGGUGAAAACUGAGGGAGAUAGCUGAGCAUCAGUGCAAUUAAGAAUCGAAUGUGUUUUUAUAAUUCAUAAAGACAUACUCUAGGUCAGUUCAGGUCACUAUCAAAUGGGCUUCAAUAAAAAAACAUAACAUUCUGCAUCGGGUCAUGCAUAACAUUAUUCGUAAUGGAAUGAUUUUCCUUAAUUUACUAAUAUGACAGGAUUCAAAGGUUAUAUUUUUUGAGUAAUGUCAUUUAAAAAAAUGCUGCCACAUUUCACCUGGGUAUCUGGAGAGACAGGUGAAAGUUCAUUAGUAGGUUAGUAUAUUAAAUUACAGGUCUGAUCAUAUUGCCACCAGAUCAGAUUUUUGGAUUCUUUUGGUGCUGAUUUGCACUUUCAUCUUUGUUAAAACUGGAAGAUCUGCAUUAAUUGCAGAUUAAAAUAAUAACAUUUUGUGAAAGAACAAUUAACCAGUAUACAUGUCAUCCUAUAUAUUAAAAAGUACACAAUUCUAAAAUGACAUUCGAAAUUUAAUAUUUUGAUGUUACCUCAUUAAGUAUACAUCUUUUCACUUUGGAUAUUGCACUACAGUGACCGUUAAUUUAACAGUGUUGCAUCUGUCUAAAACUAAUACAUCAUCAUAGUAUCUUUCUUUAAAUUCUGCUUGAACUAUGGUAUAAAAUAGUUUAGAGUCUUGAAUCAUCAUGAAUCACUGUGAAAAGUUUCUUUUAGGUCAAUGUAAACUAUAGUGUCCUCCAGAAUUAUUGCCACCUUUACUAAAGAUGAGCAAAAAUGCUGUGAAAGGUGUUAUUAUUCUUAUGCUUCAUCUUUCAUCCAAAGUAUGAGAGAACUUUACCCACAAAGACAAAAUUUUUAAAGAAAAAAAAAAAAAUUUUCCUCAACAAGCACAUUUAUUGGCACUCCCACGUUUAAUAUUUUGUGCACCAUCCCUUUGUCAUGAUAACAGAAUUGAAUCUUUUCUUAUACUGCUGGAUGAAAUGUUGGAAUACACAAAAUGGGAGCUGAAGCCAUUCCCCCGUGCAAUUUUUUUUUUUCAAAAGAAAGGUGCUCUCAGAACAACCCCUCAAGUCUUCAAGGGGUUUAGGUCAGGAGAUUUGGAUGGAAAUUGCAAAAGACAAACUCUGUUCUCAGUUAAUCAUUUUUGUGUUUGAGCCAUUUUCCUGCUGAUAUUUGAUGGAGUCAGUGAUAUCUUGUGUCCUAACAAGAUUUCCAGCUCAUUUGAAUUAAAAAACUAAACUGCAACAUCACAGAUCCACCACCAUACAUAAGAGUGGAUAUUGUUUCAUCUAACCAGUAGAAUCAGGUUCCCCUCAAAAAACCAAUAAUAUUUAGCAAACUCCAAGCGCUUGCAAUUUCGAUUUGAUGUCAACUAAGGUUUUAUUUUUCUGACAACUCUGUUGAAUAGUUUGUUGGCAUUAAGGUGAAGUGUGAUUGUAGUUUUAGAGAUCUGGUGACCCUGGGAUCAGUUGAUUGCUACUGUUGCCUGAGUAUGAUGAAGGAGAAAGUUGUAUUUCUUGAAACAUUCUCUUUACUGUUGUUUUUUUUUUUGUUUUUUUUUAACAUAUGUUAGCUACUUCUUCCAAGCAGGGUUAUCGUAACUCCAGUUCUUUGAGACUUCUGAAUGAUGGAAAUGGGUAUUUUUAGACAUGUAGCAUUUUUUUAGCCACUGGCUGAUUUAUAAUACAACCUUUUUUCUUACUUCAUUAGUUUACUCUCUGGUCUUACCCAUGUUGAUGGGUUUGAAUAAGGAUUGACCAGUGACUUACCUCCUAUGUAUACUGCAGGAAAACAGGAAGUUUAAAUUGCCACUUAAGAGUUCCUAAAGACUCUGGGGUGGAUAAAAUAUUAAUCGGAACAUAUCUUAAUUAGAUUUUGUUAUUGAGAAUUUCUGUGGGUGCAUAUACUUUUUUUAGGAGAAAAGUAUCAUUUUUGUUUUAAAAUUAAGAUUUAAGUAUAAAAUCAAGCUAUUAAAAAUUAAAACAUUUCUUCACAGCCUUUUUGCCCAUCUUUACCAAGAAUGCUAAUAGCAUUUAUGUAUAUAUAAUGCAGAUGCCUACUUUGUACAGGAGGCCUGUACAAUAAUAGGCUUAUUUUGUAAUUUGUUAUUUUUUCGAUAAUAUAAUGACUUGAGUCACUUAUACACAUUUUAUACUGGAACUGUAAACUGUUGAACAUGAACAAUCUUCAGUUGAGAGAAUGUCCUUAUUAGCUUCCCAGCCUAUGGGAAAGGAUGAUUUAAAUGAUCUUGGAUUUCUUGGAUGUGGGCUCAGUGAAAAUAUGCAGUGUGAUGAUAACUUACUGAGAAUGUAAUAUUCAUGAUUUUUUAAAAUCUUAUAUAUUUUAGAUUGGUUACAUAUACACAUAUAUAUAUUUAUAUAUAUAUAUUUUUUUUAAUUUACAGAUUUGUUGUAAAAUAGGAAGAUAUUUUUGUCAGCCAGAAAAUAAAGAAAUAAUGUAGUUUCUAUGUAAAUGUAUUUUUUAUUAGAAUUAGAAAUGUUGGCCAAAUUAACUACAUGCAUUUGAAAAAUAAGCACAGAAGCAUGUUAGAAAACCAGCAAUAAAAGUUGGAUAAUCAUGGAUGUAA